UUAUGUAAAUCUUCGUCAGGAUCUAAGAGACUCAUCAGUUUGUGGGCUGGUCACGCGGGUCACGUGACUUGACAGGAACAGCAGCGAUGGAGAAAAGCUAAGGAAGGACUCUGCCCUGGCAGUGGCUUCCUCUCUACCCAGAGUGAUUGUGGAAUGGCAGCAGUUUGGCAGCAGGUUUUGGCAGUGGACGCAAGGUACAAUGCUUACCGCACGCCUACCUUCCCACAGUUCCGAACUCAGUACAUCCGCCGACGCAGCCAGCUGCUCAGAGAGAACGCCAAGUGUGGCUUUGAGCCAGGGCUGCGCAGGCAGUACCUGAAGCUGCGCAGUCAGCUGUUAGCCCUACGCUACGGGCCCCUGUCUGAGCAGAGCAGCUUCAGGGCCAGCAGCGUGCGCAGCUCCCGUACCACACUGGACCGCAUGGAGGACUUUGAGGAGGAUCCCCGUGCUCAAGGGGCUCGUGGUCAUCGGCGGUCUGUCAGCAGAGGCUCCUACCAGCUACAGGCCCAGAUGAACAGAGCGGUCUAUGAUGAGAGGCCUCCGGGCAGCUUGGUGCCCACCUCAGUGGCAGAGGCAAGCCGUGCUAUGGCCGGAGAUACAACCCUGAGUGAGAACUAUGCUUUUGCUGGCAUGCACCACAUAUUUGACCAACAUGUUGACUCUGCUGUUCCACGGUUACAGUUUGCUAAUGAUGACAAGCACCUCCUUGCUUGCUGCUCGUUGGACGGCACCCUGUCCAUUAUGACGCUGUCCCCCCCUCCACCGAGUGUGAAGCUGACCCUGAAAGGACAUGGCGGACCCGUCACAGACUUUGCCUGGUCUCUGAGCAAUGACAUCAUCGUGUCAACGUCAUUGGAUGGGACUCUGCGCAUCUGGAACACGGAGGACGGUCGGUGCAUCCGAGAAGUCAGAGACCCAGAAUCCAGCGAGCUGCUCUGCUGCACCUUCCAGCCGAUGAAUAAUAACCUUACUGUGGUGGGAAACAGCAAGCACCACCUGCAGGUGGUUAACAUCUCCACUGGGAAGAAGGUGAAGGGGGGCUCCAGUAAGCUGACAGGCCGCGUGCUGUCUCUCUCCUUUGAUGCUCCGGGGAGGAUCCUGUGGGCUGGCGAUGACAGGGGGAGCAUCUUUUCCUUCCUCUUUGACAUGGCAACAGGGAAGUUAACCAAAGCCAAGCGUCUGGUGGUGAGUGAAGGCAGCUCCAUCUGCAGCAUAUCUGCUCGUUCCUGGAUCAGCCGCGAGGCCAGAGAUCCCUCCCUGCUGGUCAAUGCCUGUGUCAAUAAGCUGCUGCUGUACAGGGUGGUGGACAAUGAAGGAACACUACAGCUGAAGAGAAGCUUCCCCAUCCAGCAUGGAUCUCAGCAUGUUCAUAGCAUUUUCUGCCCCCUCAUGUCUUUCAGACAAGGGGCCUGUGUGGUGACCGGCAGCGAGGACACCUGUGUCUACUUCUUUGAUGUCGAACGUAACGCCAAGGCCAUAGUCAACAAGUUGCAGGGUCACGGGGGACCAGUUCUGGACGUGAGUUUCAACUGCGACGAGAGUCUGCUGGCGUCUGCCGACUCCACCGGUAUGGUCAUCAUCUGGAGGAGAGAGCAGAAAUGAAUAAGCCUCCGUCCUCUACAUAUAAAAACAAAAGGCCUGCUGCUCUUUAACCGUCCAAUUCCUAUGUGUGGGGUUUCACUGGAAUGUAACAAACAUCUAAUGUAACGAAUAUAAAGUGCAAUCACAUAGAACAUCUUCCUGUGUAGGUGAUGGGGAUGUCUUAGAAAUUAAUAUGGUGGGAAGGUGGGCGGUGUGUGCAUGUCAGCCAUCCUACAGCUGCAACUGGGAAACGGCUUUUAGGUAAAGAAAGGCUCUACCACCAUGCAUGCGUCAUGGCUUACCUCCAGCUAGCGUGGCUGUGACUGAACUUGUGAAGAGGGUGCAGUGUUCUCUUACUGAAAAAAGAAACACUUUGUAUCACACUGAUGUUCCCUCUGGCGUAGCUCUAGUUCACUAUUUAUGUAACUGUUAUUCAAGCAGUGUAAUCAAGUGUUGGUUGCUCUCAGUUGCCUGUAUGCCUUUGAGACCAUGUGCAUGAAAUUGAAAUCACAAUCAGAUCAUUUAUCCCAAGAUAUAAGUGUGUUUAUUAUGUGUUUGUACCUAUUUGUAUGUGUGUGGUCUGUUUAUGCUGGUCGCUGAUUCAGAUAAUGUAUUUAACACAAUAAAUGGCUACAUUGUAACUUAA